CUGGAAUUGUAAGACGGGCAACAGUGUUGCAGCUAUUCAGUUGCUCAAGAAGAUGGAAAAGGAAGAGAAUUGCAAGCCUAAUGUUGUUUCCUAUAGCACAGUUAUUGACGGCCUUUGCAAGGAAGGGCUACUUCGUGAAGCUCUGGACCUUUUCUCAGAAAUGAGAAGAAAAGGUGUUGUUCCGAAUGUUGUUACUUUCAACACCUUGAUCCAUGGGGUGUGCAUUUUAGGGGAAUUGAAAGAAGCUAUGAGCUUAUUUGUCGGAAUGGUGGAUCAAAAUAUCUCCCCCGACAUUCAAACAUUUAGUAUCUUGGUUGAUGCUCUUUGCAAGGAAGGGAUGGCUAUGAAGGCACAAGAAGUGAUGGAGAGUAUGAUUCAAAGAGGCGUCAAAGCCUAAUGUUGUCACCUAUAGCUCUCUUAUUGACGGAUACUGUAUGCGAGGAGAAAUUGAUGAGGCAAGAAAAGUGUUUGACACGAUGAUCGGAAGCCGUUGUGAACCUAAUAUGUUUAGUUAUAGCAUUUUGAUAAACGGAUACUGUAAGAAAAAGAUGAUAGAUGAGGCUCUUAGAUUGUUUGAAGAAAGGACGUCUAAGUAACACUCUGGUUGCUGGUUUGUGUAAAGUAGGGAGAACGCGGCAUGCUCAGGAUUUGCUUCACACAAUGCAAGCCUCAGGGCAGCUCC